UUCCGCCAUCACCUUUUAACCAGCGGAACUUCAGGUGCUCACAUCGGAAAAUAAGCAAAGAGAAGAGAAAGCGGUAGCAUGGGAAAAAAGCGCGGAGGUGGUCGGCGCAUGCGCCACGAAGAGGAUGACGACGACGAAGCCGCGUCCGUGGCGUCGGUGGAGACGCGUGGGACGUUUGUGUCAGAUGAUGGCGAGUUCUAUGACAGCUACUCAAAGAACGUGGAUGACGAGCAGGAGAUCGACGAGGCUAUCGAGGAGCUGACCGAGAAGAGGUAAACGUCGGGAAAUUGCAUCAAUAGAACUAAAAUGUGGACGCUAAGAUUUUGCGGUGCUUCCAAAUGCACUCGUUGCUCAGAACAACAACGCGAGUUGCUGCCUUGGAGAAGUUGACCGCCUAUCUCCAGCAGUACUUGGCGCCUGAAGACGUGAGUGAGAGCUUCGUGGACAACGUGCUUGGAUGCCUUCGCAAGCCUUCUGAAGGCGAGGCUGUAUUAGGAUCUCGCAUCCUGGCGAUUAUGGCAAUCAUUUUCGGAGAGGAUGAAGAGCGCUACUUUCAGCGAUCGAAAAACGUGCUGAAGCCAUUGAUCAAGACAGCCAGAAACGCGAAAAUAAAGGUUUCGACCAUCCGCGCACUGGGACUGAUCUGCUUCGUGUGUAGUGUUGAAGAAGAGAACACAGAGGAGCUUUUGGAGCUGUUCGAGACAUUUUUCAACCCAAAAAUCAUUGGUGACAUCUGUAAGGCCGCUCUCGACUCGUGGGGACUCGUCGCAUCCUCGCUUUCAGACGAGAUACUCGCAAGCGAUGAAUUGCUGGAAAGACUGGUGCCGAAGUUCCUCGCCUUGCUGGAUCACAAGGAUGUUGACGUGCGCUCAGCUGCUGGUGAGAAUGUAGCUUUCCUGUACGAAAGCGCGCAGAAUUGCGGUGUCCCGUUGCCCUACAGCGAAGAGAUCUUGGCUCGUUUCCUAGAAAUGAGCAAGGACAGCAGCAAGAAGAAUAGCAAGAAGGACCGCAAGACCCAACGAGUUGUUUUCCGCGACAUUCACUCGACACUUGCUAGCGGAGAAACUCCGCAUGUUUCGUUUUCGGUGAAGAGUGACGUUCUGGAGAUAAGCUCGUGGAAAUCUGUCAAACAGUUUGAAGCGAUGAAGGAAUGUUUGCAGACCGGUCUGCAGGAGCAUAUCAAGUACAACAAUAUACUUCGUGCGAUACUGGACCUCCCGGAGACUUUGGAAGACCGCAAAGUGGAUAGGGUGCGUCACCGAAGUUUGGAUAACUCGUAUACGGUUUGAACUCUGACGACUUUGUUUGCUGCUUUGAAUAGAGCGAUGUCUUCAACAAGAAAUCUGCUUCAAGGAAGCAACGCAGCAAUGAAUUGAAGGGGGAUCGCAAGCGGAAGCAGCAUAUGCAGGACGCUUUUUAUGAUAAUGGCUUUUACUAGUAGACGACAGUAUUAGCGCUAGACUACGGUGUUCCUGCUAUUCUGUAGGAAAUGUUUUCAAGCUACUACUAUAAAGCACCUUUCGGCCUGCUGACAACACUUUUAACCACUACGUAGUCACUUUGACCUACGGUCUGCUGGGCUGUGCUAGCUGCAAAUGCUUCACAGAUCUGGAUUGUGCUGAGGA